AUGCCCGGCGAGGACGCCCACAGCUCGGGCCGCUCCAUCCCAGCACUGCGCCCCGCCAGUUUCAAAACGCGGCGACUCUUCGUCCGCUCUCUCUGCGCAGACGAUCUGGAAGAGUUCUCUCGAAACCGCGCGAGGCCUGAAGUAGCGCAAUACCAAAGCUGGGGCGUGGAGUACACUCUUCAGGAUGCGCAGCGCCUCCUGGACGCGCAGCUUUUAACGGCCUAUGGCCAAUGCGGCAGCUGGCACCAGCUGGCUAUCGUGCGCUGCGAGGAUGGACAACUCCUUGGGGAUCUGGCCGUGCACUUCUGCGACUUUGAAGACGACUCGCAAGCGGAGGUUGGCUUCACAUUGAUGGCUGAGCAUCGGCGGCAGGGUUACGGUCAGGAAGCCCUUGCUGGGCUUCUUCGCCACCUAUUCUUGGACCGCGGCAUGCGGCGAGUCACUGCCACGACAGAUGAACGCAAUGAGCGUGCUGUCACACUGCUGCGGGCAGUUGGGAUGCGCCAGGAGGCUCUACUGAGAGAAUCCUCAUUUUGGAAGGGGGAGCUUUGCAGCGAGUACCUCUUUGCGAUGCUUGCAUCAGAGUUCAGGCUGGCAGCUCGUGAUGACGUGAUUUAG